AUGACCGACAUCAGUGCCAGCAAACGAGAGUCGUUGCCCGGAUGGGAGCCAGGAUCGGUGGCAGCGUUGGCCGCCGUUGCUGCUGCCUCCUCGUCAUCUGGUGGACCGUACCCGACUGUCGGCCUCUACACGAAUCAGCCCGGGAGUAAUAGCGGAAGCAACAACACUGGUGCUGGUGCUGGUGGUGGAAAUGCUGGUCUCCCACCUCCUCACCUGCCGUCACCCUACUCGUCAUUCUCUCAGCCGAUUCCCUCCUCUUCCGCCUCGUCCUCCACUCCUUAUGCGCAGCCUCAAGGUUUGCCGCAGGGCUAUCCUUAUCAUGCAUUAGAGAGUUACCCCGGCCAGCAUUUGGGUUACCCGUUAGCCCAUCAGCCUCAUCAUCCUUACCACCACCACCACCAUCAGACGCAACCGUACCCUGGACUGCCACCUCACAGCUCUUUGCCUCCGCAAAAUUAUCCGCCUCAUUCCAGCAUGAUGGUCCAUCCUUAUCAUCACCACCAUCAUCUUUACUCACCUCAACAACCUCCGGCGCCUAGCCAAUCACCCGGAUUGGGGUACACAUUGCCCGUUCAUCCGCAGCAGCAACAACACGGCGAGGUUCAACACCAGCCACCACAGCAGCAGCAACAACAACAACCGUCUGUAAUCAGUCAGUCACAACCUGGUUAUCCGCCGUUGAGCUAUCAACAACCGCCGGCUGGAGGAUCGUCCCAACAACAACAGGGAAUCAGCAUGCCCAUCUCCACCUACAUCCCACCUGUCCAGGCGUACGAGCCGCCACUGGAGAGGUCUGAGAAUCCGCCUCAGAUCCAGCGACCGACUCCGAUCCUGGCCGAGCGAGAAGUCAACGCCAAUCCGGGCGUCCAUAUGGUUCCUCAGACGCCGAAUUCGGCGGUGCCCAUGUCGUUCCACCUCCAGCAGUCGCAGCAAACGUCACCGGCUCCACCCUCUCCGGGUCCGUCGGGAAUGAUGACACCGGGAGGAGGGACCCAUCCAGAUCUGGAACACGAUCUACCGCCGGAGCUCCUCCAACAAGGAUGGAGGAAAAUGUGGUCCAAAAGAGAGAACCGGAUUUAUUUCUGGAACAAGACCAAUGGCGAGUCUCUAUGGGAAAUGCCUCCGCUACGACCGAACUACGAUCCGGUUUCCGACCCGCUCGGCAUCCAGCAACCCAACCAGCAGCCGGCAGGAGCCAUCAAGCGACGUGCUUCAGACGAUGGAAUCGGCAGUCCUUUGGCUAAACGUUUCAUCCUCUCAGGACCGUGGGAUUUGGAGGUAGCUACCAACGCCGUGGUGUUUGAAAGGAGUCCACUAAGCUGGCCACAUCCACAUCCGGAUAUUGAGGCCUACCGGGCGACGUUGGUUAUCAAACUCCGCCAAGCCUACCAAGAAAUGUGCCAUUCAAGAGAAGCCAUCGACGCUCCUAGGGAUUCGUUCAACCGCUGGCUACUGGAGAGGAAAGUAGUGGACACUGGAACAGAUCCGCUCUUCCCUGGCCAGUGCCAACCGGAAGUUUCGCUCUCCAUGUACAAGGAGAUUAUGAACGAUCUGCCCAUGAAGUUGGAACGGCCAAAGUUUACAGGUGAUGCCCGGAAGCAGCUGUCUAAAUACGCGGAAGCGGCCAAAAAGAUGAUCGAGACCAGGAAUGUGAGUUCAGAAAGUCGUAAAAUAGUCAAGUGGAACGUCGAGGACACGUUCCAGUGGCUACGGCGGACUGUGGGAGCCACGUACGACGAUUUCCAGGAGCGGUUGGCCCACCUCAAACGCCAGUGCCAGCCGCACCUGACCGAAGCUGCCAAAUCUUCCGUCGAAGGGAUCUGCAUCAAGAUGAACAAUCUCUCGGCCGAGUAUGCCAAAAAGAUACGAGACAAGCACAACGAGUUACUCAAAGAGAACGGACUGGCCGAUUUGGAACCCAAUGUCAAUCUACCGCAUCCGAGAAAAGUUUGGUGUUAUCCGGUCCUCUUUGCCCUGCCGUGUCCCCGAUUGCCACCGGUUGAAUUUCUGCCGGACAAGGACCAGACCUUGUUGCGUUACAAAGGUGAUGCCGUCCGCAUCAACAAUCUCCAUUUUCAAAAACUGGAGCAACUGUAUCGGUACAACUGCUUCGAAGACCGCAAGUUUGAGUGGUUUCUGCCACGCGUGUGGUGCUUACUCAAGCGUUAUCAGUCGUACAUGGGAGGGCAGACGAGCAACGAGGGCCAAGGCACUCAGGGCGCUCUGCCGUUGACCGUUUUCGAAGCUCUUUACAAACACUUUGGCGUCUCUUUUGAGUGCUUCGCCUCGCCGCUCAACUGCUACUUCCGCCAGUUUGCCUCCGCUUUCCCCGACACGGACGGCUACUUUGGAUCGAGAGGGCCGAUUCUUGAGUUCAAACCGGUGUCGGGAUCGUUCGAAGCCAAUCCACCGUUUUGCGAAGAAUUCAUGGACACGAUGGUCACCCACUUUGAGCGGCUGCUAGCCGAUUCGAGCGAACCUCUGUCUUUCAUCGUCUUCAUACCCGAGUGGCGUGAGCCGGCGCCACCUGUUCUCAAACGACUAGAAGAGUCGUCGUGGAAGAGACGCCAGGUGGUUGUGCCCACCUUCGAGCACGAGUACCGGCACGGAUACCAACACCUCGUUCCAAAAACCGAAAUCAAUGUCAGGGCGGCACACGGGACAGUCAUCGUCUGGUUGCAGAAUGAAGCUGGAUAUCAAAAGUGGGGGCCGACGGAUGAGCGAGUGGACGCUCUCCUGGAAGCUUAUCGGCCGGGCCGAGAAAGAGAGAGAGAUCGACAAGAGCUGCUAAGUCCUCCGAGACCAAACCAGCCGCCUGAUGGACCUAUCGUUGGCAUGGGCAGCAUGUUGAACGUUAACGGUAGUUCCGCCAUUGCCGGAAUGAAACCCAUUUAAUCAAACUGGGUUGCUAAAAGCCUAUCUCACACUCUCUCCCCCCCACUUUUAAAAGAGAAAGUUUCUUUUUUAAAAAAAUACUAUUUUAAACCAGUGUUUAAAGUUUAACUGAGAGAUGGAAUGAUUUGAUUGAUUCAAAUCCAAAUUUGGGGUUUCUUCAUUUAUUAUGGCGAAUUGUUUUUGGUUUACCACUAAAACAAAGAGAAUGCGUAUGAAACAUACGAUUGUGCGUGUGCAAUGUUAUGGGAGCUUUUCUUGUGACCAACACUGUUUCUUUGUUUUUCAUUUCGAUAUAUGUUUGUUGUGAUUCUUUUGCUGAAAGGGUAUUUUAUAAAGAUGAAAAUUUGAAACAAUAAAAUAUUUUUUACCAAG